ACGGUCAACUCGUUUGAGCCAGACUGCAAGAACAGUGUCCGUGAAAAAAAAAAAAAUAAAAUAAAUAAGAGUCAGUGCAAUGCAUUCACGAUGAACAACAAUAGCAGCACAACCAACCCGGGCCAUGUUGUUGCCGAUCCGGACGAUUCCGGCAGUUCGUCCUCUUCGUCGCCGUUGAGACACUUCCGACUCAAUUGCCUACCGCCAUCUUGUUACUCCAUUCACGAUAUCUUGCACUACAAUCCGGCCAGUCCCGAUGAUCCUUCAGUCUCCAUCCAAUCGCAAUUCGAUUCGCUCGAAUGUCCUCCGUCGAGCCAACCACCUCCGCCACCUUACAACAACAACAACAACAAUGGAUUACUUCUAAUGGAUCAUCAUGCCGCUUCAUCAUCCACUCACUUAGCUAAUUCCUUACCAGCCGAUGGGGCUAAUGGUGCGGACGAAGAAGCUCUCCGCUCGCCGGAAACUCAACAUCACGACAGUGGCGACGACGAUUCACCUUCGACCUCGUCGACGACCCGAUCUCAGCAGGGACACUUGGCCGUGGGGCAACACCAGCAGCAAACAUCCGGCGGUCACGGGCCGAUGAAACGAAAACAAAGAAGAUAUCGGACGACUUUCACCAAUUUCCAGCUGGAGGAGCUGGAACACGCCUUCCACAAAACCCACUACCCCGACGUCUUUUUCCGCGAAGAAUUGGCCGUCAAAAUCGAUCUCACAGAAGCACGCGUUCAGGUUUGGUUUCAAAACCGUCGCGCCAAAUUCCGCAAGCACGAGCGCAUCACGCAUCACCAACACCAUCAACACCACCCACAACAGCAGCAACACCUCGGACAACAGGCUCAGCAACAGUCACACCAAGGUCACGAGAAUCCGUUCGAACGUGACGCUGCCAGCGUCACGUCCAUGACGGCCGACGUUGGUGGCUUAUUGAUGCAACAGCAGCCGGAGGCUUCGUCGUCAUCGUGUCCGAUGAUCAGCAAAGAUUGCGAUCAGCAACAGCAGCUCUUCAGUCAAUACCUGCAGCAUCAUCAUCAUCAUCAUCAUCAUCAUCUGCACCAUCAUCAACAAAACAUAGUCAGUCACGAAUCGUCUUACAUUUAUCACCCGGAACCCCUUCUACCCACAUCGACCAACGAGGCAAGUGGGGAACCUGUCCAACAACAGAUUUACGUGAACACGAGCGGGAGCGUGACACCUUCCCCGUUUCUGGCCCACUUGUCGGCGUCUCCAUCGCCCGACUGGCCUCAUUACGUCACUACGACUGCAACGACAACCACGUCGACGGCCUCAUCGCCCGUCUACCAUCACCCGGCGCCGCCCACUCAGCAUCCAACGUACCGCGAAGAUCACGAGAAUCAAGAAGAAGACGGAAGCGUCACCAUCGGUGCGAGCGCCGACGAUUACCAUUUCUUCGUGAGUCACGGCGCCUUGGAUUUGGCCUCGUCUUUCAUGAACCCAACGGGCAACAAUGCAAACAGCGACAAAGAAUCGGAUCCGUCGCUGGCGUCUCAAUUGCGACGCCUGGACGCGUCGCAAUCGGAAGCGGCGGCCGACGACGACGGCGACAUCGGCGAUGAAAUUCAUUUAGCCAACAUGGCGUUCAUGAACGCCUCGUCGAAAACGGGACUGCACCACCUACACCAUCAGGUGCACGAGCCGAAGAGCAGCAAAACCGCAAACGAUUUCGCGCCGCAUUCGGGCGCCUACGCAACUGCGGACGGCGGCGGCGACGACGACGACGUUGUUUUAAGUUUAAACGACGCUUGAAAAAUAACAUAUUUCGUUUUUCGACAACACGAAGUUUGUGGUUGUGUGUGUUGUUUUGUUUGUUUUGUUUGUUUUUUUUUUCAAUCAUUUUUGGCUGUAGGCCUCUUCUUUUCCCACCGACACCCGACGUUUCGUUUUCAGUCCAAGUUUCUUUCUCGUUUGGACGUUGUUCAUGUUGUCGUUUUUGAAUACAUAUUCUUUUCCUCCCCUC